AUGCGAGCACCGAUAAAAGACUUCUGCUUCGAAAUCGAGAUCCAACUCCACUUUCAUACAAAAGUUUUACUCCUUUCUGAAUUUCGACAACCUGAAAUAUCUGCACUUGGUACAAUAGCUAUGCCGGCUCCGACCAGUCGACUACAGGUACCCAGUGACACCGAGUCUAUUUCCGCACGGAUUCAGUCAAACCAAAGCGAGGAAGAUGUACUUAUCGACUUUGCUGCUCCGCAACCUGAUAUAACAGCGGUAUCAAAAGAGACGGAUCUGGAAAUGCAUGUCGACGAAGAAGGAAGGCCACUAUUCACCCCCAUCACAGCCACGGACGGCUCGUAUCGUGUUGAAAGUCGACGAGUUCCCGUUCCACCUCAUCGAAUGAGCCCACUCAAAGCCGCAUGGCCGAAAAUUUACCCUCCACUUGUUGAGCAUCUGAAAUUACAGGUGCGAAUGAAUAUCAGGAGUAAAGCUGUUGAACUGCGGACAUCAAAACAUACUAUCGACUCCGGUGCGUUGCAAAAAGGGGAAGACUUCAUCAAAGCAUUUACACUGGGAUUUGAUGUUGAUGACGCGAUCGCGCUUCUCAGACUCGAUGACUUAUAUAUUGAGACCUUUGAAAUAAAGGAUGUUAAGACCUUAAACGGCGAACAUCUAAGCCGAGCCAUUGGCCGUAUAGCUGGGAAAGACGGAAAAACUAAAUUCGCCAUUGAGAAUGCUAGUCGGACUAGAGUCGUCCUCGCAGACCAAAAGAUUCACAUCCUCGGAGGUUUCCGAAACAUUCGCAUUGCUAGAGAAGCUAUUGUCAGUUUGAUCUUGGGAAGCCCUCCGGGCAAGGUCUACGGAAACUUACGAACCGUGGCAUCACGAAUGAAAGAGCGGUUUUAA